UAAUAACUUAUUAUUUAUUUGAAAGUGUUUUCAAAAUAACAUGUACAUAUUCAGUUAACUGUACAUAUUUAUAUUAAGCUAUACUUCAUUUAUUCAGCACCCGCAUAAAAAAACAUUAUCAAAAAUGGCUAGAACUGGAAAAACAGCCCAAGAUUUUAUUCAGAGUUCGUUUUCGCCUAUAGUUGCAGUACUAUGCAGUCAAAAGGUUGAAAAUAUUGUGUCGAAAAAUAAUGUAACGUUUCCUGAAUUAUUACAACCAUUUUGCAAUUUGGAUUGGGAAGGUCAGUUCCGUGAACCUGGUGGCAAUACUUGUGUCAUAAAAAAUAUGAAGCUAAUUGUGAGAGAUGUGAACUGGAAACCCCUACAGCCUACUGAGGCUAGAAGACAGCUCAAUAAUGCUGUUCUUUAUAAUUACAAUGACAAAACUAUAUCUGUUGAAUUAGCUGGUCGAAGUUUUUUAAUACCCCAAUCAACACAUUGGUUUGAUGCUUGGAGGGAAACAUACCUAGAUGUGCAAUUUCCAUCUGACCAUGAAUUCACAAAACAUUUCCUGUCAUGUAUUAUUGUGGGAACAACUGAUGAUGAAAAUGUUGUGGACACUUUCAAUGGCCUGAAUCAACAAUAUGCCCAACUACAGAAUGUAAUGCCACCAAAAUUACCUAAAUGGUUCAACAAUUGUAUUCUGAAAACAUAUUUACUACUUCAUGAUGUAUCUGUUGUUUCAAAAGAAAGGGCUGAUGCUGUGUUUGACACGUUGAAACAUGCUUUUGGACCUAAUAGUUGUUUUAUGCUUCCCAUUAAUUCUAAAAGUACGUCAGAUGCUAAUGUACCUGCAGAUUUAUGGAGCCAGUAUAUUAAGAGAUCUCCAGAUUCCACCAGUGACGUAGCUUCUACCCUCUCGAAUUUAGCAACAACGCCAGCAGAACAAGCCCCUAUAUUUCCAUCUCAAAACAUUAUUGAAAGAGGUGAAGACACAUUAACAGGGUCAGUACAAGAGAGUGUGCACCCACUGACAAGCCCAGAAACAGAUGUUUAUGACAAUGCCAACAGUUUGCAGACCCAUUCGUUUUCUGGCAGUGUAGAGAGUGUUAGCGUCAGCGCAAAAGGAAUUGAUUUAUCUACUGAAGUUCAUGGGGCUGCUUUAAACAACAACGAUAUAGAGGCCAUCAAAAAAUUCCUUCAAGAAUAUGCAUCAAAAGCCUUGUUGCCGUACAUAGAAAAGCAAAUCUCCCAGCUAUCUGAAUCAGUAGCCAACAGAAAAGGAGUAAGUAGAUCGCUUCUCUCUGCUACAAAAAGAUGGUUCGGCACUGGUAAAGGUGGAAAUGCUACCGGAAAUAGUGCAGUUGUAUACACAAAUGACUGUCCCGAACUACAGUUACGACGUUUGGGCGAUCUUUGGUUUUUGUGCGGGCAAUGGCAGCGGGCUUUCGAUACCUACCACACUGCCAAAAGAGAGUUCUAUGCGGACAGCGCGUGGCUCUGUUACGCGGGUGCACUCGAAAUGGCCGCAAUAAGUGCCUUUAUGGCUGGUGAUUCCAAUCGUAAAACUCAUGGAUAUUUAGAAGAAAGCAUCGUUACGUAUCUUAAUACUUGCAGAAUGGUACAGUAUGCUGUUCGAGCGACGUUGCUGUCGGUGAUUUGUUUGACUAGCAGCGGACUUCACGGUGAAGCCGCUAAACAAUUGAUACGCAUGACAUCAGAGGACAGCGACCUUCGUAGUGCUAUGCUUUUGGAACAAGCUGCACUUUGUUUCCUAUCGGGACCAGGCACGAAAGCCAUGUGUAGAAAAUACGCUUUUCAUAUGGUUUUGGCGGGGCACAGGUUUUCGAAAGCGGGCCAAAAGAAGCACGCCUAUCGAUGCUACAAACAAGCUCACCAGGUUUACAGCGGAAGCGGAUGGCGGCUAGCGACGGACCAUGUCCAGUUCGCGCUGGGCCGGCUCGCGGGCGCGCUGCGUCGGGCGCACGACGCCGUGCAGUGGCUGGCCGCGCCGCUCGCGCCUCACCCGCCGCAACCGCCUGCCCAGCAAGAAGCCUUCUUGAGAGAGUACAUGCAUGCACAUCAGCAAUGGCAAGAGAGUAGCGAGGAGCGUCGGAGCAGGCUGGAGAAGUUGCCGCUGCCGGUGGCGGAGGUGAGCAUGACGCGCGUGGCGUGCGCGGGCCCGGCGCCGCUGUCGUCGCCGCGGCGCUGCGGGGCGACCUCGCUGUGCGUGCACGCGCCGCGCCGCGACCCGCACGAGGAGCGCGUCUGGCGCACACUGGAGGAGAUGCUGGUGCAGGUAGCGCGCGGCGCCGUGCCUAUGAUAUUCAAGCCGACACUAGACCUUUACGAUGACACCACGGACUGUCAUCCGCUCGUGCCCCAAGGAGAACCGAUCCAGAUAUCUGUUACCUUAUGGAAUCCCUUGAAGAUAUCACUUAUACUGAAAGACGUGGAGUUGCUAUGGCGUUUUACACCGCUUAACGAGUCUGGUGACAGCGAUGACAAUAAUAGUAUCUACAAUGAAAUCGCUUUAGCACAAGGAGUGGAAGUAGCAAGUAACGUGAUUGUUGGACAAAAACUACCUUCAGUCGUUUUGGAAGGGGAUAGUAAAAAAUCAUUAAUAUUCUCCUUAACUCCUAUGAAAGUUGGACAAGUUUACAUUCAAGGAUUAGCGUACAAAUUAAUAAAUGCUGGAGAAGGCGCCUCUGAAAACAGUAGUACUGGUGUUUCAAUACAAGGGAAAGUAGAUUUAAUGUCUGGAGUAAAAAGUAUGGACAAGCGAUUGGAAAUUACUGUCAUACCAGAAGCGCCGUGUUUGCAGAUGACCUUCUCGGAGACUAAUCCAGAUAUAAUAAGUGGCGAAAUAAGAACUGUAGACGUGGAACUGACCAAUGUCGGACCCGUCGACAUGAAGAACGUUUUCAUCGCGGUCUCGCAUCCCGAAUGUGUCAGUGUGGUCACGCCGGAUAAUGUCGUUGAUGAUUUUAAAAUUUUAUACGAUGAAAAGUUUCGAGAAAUUACACCAAAUUCAGAGGAGCGCGGCAGGGGCGCGGAGGCGUGGCGGCGCGCGGCGGCGCGGCACGUGCGGGCGGCGCGCUGCGGGCCGGCCGUGCUGCUGCUGCGCCCGCACAGCGCCGCCGCGCGCCUGCACGUGCUCGCCUACUACGAGACCGGACUCGAGCGCCGCCCCUACAGACUGCUCAGACACGUCUUCCGAUUCAAUGUAGUGGACGCUGUUGAUAUCACUAUAAACCCGAGACGAAGCCUUAAAACCGUUAACGAAAGCGUUGCCGAGAUUGUCAACUUAUCUGUGGAAGUAUCAAAUAUUUCCGAAAAUAAAAGUGACCAAAUAAAUAUUGAGCUUUUGGAAGCGGCGUUUUUGAGUCGACAAUGGAAAAUAACAAACCUUAUCGCCGCCCGAGACAAGAAUGACAUUUUGGCGCCCCGCGAAAAACUUCAUCUUGUAUUUAAGGGUCACAGAAUUCUCGAAGCAGUUCCCGAGGGACGAGUUGAAACUUCUUGUGUUAAAAUUUCGGAAGGACAUCCGGACUCUAUUGCUGAUAUUACAUCGCCGCCAUAUUCUAAAUUUAUGAUUAACAAAAAAUCUUCAUUCAUCGAUUCAGCAGACAACACAUUCAACCAAGACAUAGAAAAAAGGUCUGGUUUACUCCAGUCUAUGUUCGUUCUUCGAUGGAAAGCACAAGAUGAAACGACAGGGCGAUCUGCAGUCGGCCAACAUUGUUUAUGGUUGGAUUGUUUCAACAAGGUGCAAUACGGGGAAAAAGUAUUAGUUACUGACAACAAUCCUCCCUUACCCCUCGAUGAAAACGAGAGUAAGCUUGACGUUACUGAAAAUAAAAAAAAUAUUAAAAAAGACAACGUUGUAAUGUUCAAGAUGGAGCAUUCGAAACAGAUAAAUCACGAUUUCAACGAAAGAAGACUUUGUAUUAUUCCAGUCACAUUGAGUAUUGUUAACUGUUAUGGAGUCCCUGUAAGGGUGUUUAUAAACAUGAGCAAACAGAAAAACAGGGAAACUUCUGGAAGGGAGCUCGGGUGGACAGGGGCGCUGCACAACGGACCCGACGCGGACUCUAAAGAAAUAGGCGUCAGUAUUCAUCUCAAGAAAUUUGAAACGCGCCGCGUUCAAGUGCAGGGCGUCUGCGCGGCUCCCGGCACCUACCUCGUCGGAUCGGCAUUCACUGUUACGACACAAGGAACAGAACCGCACAUGAAUGUAACGGAUGUCUCGAACAACACGUCCUUAUUGGUUUUACAGCAAGCGUAAUCGUUUAUCAUCAAAAAUGAUAUCAUAUAAAAAUGAAAAACCUACGGCAGUAUGUAUACAUUUAACACUAUUUAAUUUUAAAAGAACUACCGUCAUGCAAACAAAGUAAAAACGACUUUAAAAAUAUUUAGGAAGUUCGGUAAAAAUAACAAGUAAAGGGACUCUUAUUUAUUUUAACAUAAUACUUAUGAUUAUCCAUAUAUGUAUUCUGUGUUUAGUAUUUCAUAAGAGCGAAGGUAUUCUUGUACUAUUGAAAUCAUUGUUUUAAACAUAUCUUGACAGUUGAUACUACCAAACAAGCCCUAACACAUUCUGACAUAGUGUCGUAGUAGUCGCUAGGCCGAGGGUCGUGAGUUAAACUGCCUCUCAUCAGAUUAAUCGGUUGUUCAAUACCUAUAUUUUUAUAUGUUUAAAUGUAUAAAAGUAUGAAUAUGAAUCUCUGGUUCCGAUAGUACAAAGAUUCGUAGUUUCUCUCUCGUCUAAAAUCCCCAAUUAUUAAUAUUAUUAUUAUUAUUUGCAACUUUUGUUAUUGGCAGCACGUAAAUUUGAUGUAAUAGGCACUUUAGUUUGUUGCCGCAGGCUCGGAAUUUGUUUUAACGAAAUCAAAUUUUAACACGAAAAGAUUGAACAGAAAAGUAUAACCAUAUUUUCAGAAUCAAUGCACCCAUAGACAAAUCAUCGUUUUUUAUUGUGGGUAGUACAGGUCAAAUGUCGUACUUAUUAGGUUAAAAUACUGAUAUUAAUGCAUUAAGUGUUGGUUUUAUUUAGCCUAUGUUUAUUUUAUAUUAAUUUAUUACAGUUACAUAAUAAAUAUGAAAAAAAAUGGAAAUAAUGUAUAACAAAUGAAACUGUCGGCGUAAGAAUAGCUUAUGCUCGGAAAGUUCGACAGUGACAAUUCUGUAUUUUCUGAAAGUAAUUUAUAGCGACAAUAUUGAGACUUGAUUAAUUUUUCCCGUAAUUCGUUCGAAAUUGCAGACUAGCCUAUAUAUUUAAUUUUAAGGUAAUACCAAAAACACCUAUUCGUUUAUUGAAGUGCUAGUUCUUAUAAAUUAUUCUUAUUUAUGUGGCGAUAACUAUUUUCAUAUUACAUAAAUUCGUUUUUGCUAAAAACAAUCCUAAAACCGAAACAGGCAGACUAGUGCAUGGCCUGUCAUUACCAGAACAUGCCCUUAAAGUGAAUGUAGCCACUCCAAUAACAAGUGGAAAUCUCGAUUGUAAUGUGAUUGAAAGCUAUACUUGUCUAUCCUUCAAAUUGAUAAUAUGUAUCAAUUCGCAGCAGACGGCACGUUGGUGUUAGACGGUGGUAUCUAUCUACACGUUAGGCCUAAAACACACUUUGCACAAUACGUAGAUCAUUUAAACUACUAUCAAAGUGAACAAUAAUUAUAACCGAUUUAAUCAUAGUGGAACCAAAUGUAACCCAGUCUCAAAAGUCACUUCUUGAAGCAAAAGUUUCACAAUUAACACUUAAAAUAUUUUUUAACAUCAUCAUUAUUGACAUCAAGGGGCGGUGGGACAUCAGUCAUUGUGAUACUCGGAUCUCUCGUGACGACUCCAGAACGAUGUGUCUAAAUCCGGCAUAAACUGGGACACUCCUCUUGGACAAAUAUUCUUAACAUUGUCGGGGCAGUGAUCUUUUGCUGCCUAAGAGUCAUACAAUAUGUAAAAAGGGAUUCGUUCCUCUACCAUAUCUCCAGUCAAUUGUAGUUGCGGAGCUUUUGCAUGUACCUUUCCAACUUAUAGCUUAGGGUCCUUGUUAGAAUUCUUAGACUUAAGCGAAGCGAAUUAGGAUCAUUUUGGGUGUACCGGUUAUCGUAUCCUUUAAGCAGGACGCCUGCAUGCAGUUUUCCUGGUGUUCUUAGCUGUAGCGUUCUGCUUGCGAUAGAAACCCAGUAUUUUAAUUAGCUCAUUGUUUAUUCUUCACUAGCGACCCGCCCUCGCUUCGGUUCGGAAACAUUAAAUUUUAUUAUUGAUCGCUGAGUCCCGCGAUGUUAUGUCCCGUCGA